CGACGUCCUUGUGCCAACGUCUAAUAAUAGAGAGCUCGUUAGCCUUGUAGAGUGUAUUUCUGCGUCUGGUCAUUCAAUCGCGCCUAUGAUUAUUGUCAAGGGCAAAUCAAUCCUUGAUUAUUGGGCAACUGAUCUUCCUGACGAUUACUUUAUCAAUACUACAUCCUCAGGCUAUUCAACAGAUCUGACAGCUUUCCACUGGAUCCAGCACUUUGAGAAACAAACAAAGGCUCGUACGAAAGGACUAUGGAGGCUCCUACUCCUCGACGGCCAUGGGUCUCAUGAUACGCGCGAAUUUUUGGAGUACUGUGAGCUCCAUCGUAUACUCGCAGUUGCGCUCCCCCCACAUACGACGCAUCUUUUACAGCCACUAGAUGUGGGCUGCUUUCAGCCAUUGAAAUGGUAUCAUGGAAAGACGCUUGACUGGGCGGCGCGUACGGGCGCUAAAGAGAUCACAAAGGACGACUUUUUCGCUACUCUCGAUGAAAUAAGACGUCAGACAUUCACCUACAACACAAUACGAAGUGGCUGGCGACGUACAGGGCUAGCUCCAUGGGCUCCAGAAGUCGUCCUUGCCGCCGUCAGACUUAUAGAGGUGCCCCGCGUGGAUCUACAGCCAGCAGAAGUCUACAGAGACAACGCUGGAGCUCCAGACGACCUCCAGGACUGGAGGACUCCGCGUACGACACGCGUACUCAACAAUCAACUCACAGAGUUGCAACAGCGUCUUUGGGAGGACUACGAUGUUGACGACGAUUUGCUCAGCGCCCUAGACACUACUUACAAAGGCGCCCUCGCAAUGGCCCAGGCUACUCAAGGACUUACCAAAGCUCUACAGCAAACAAAGGCUGCUGAGAUUGCUCGUGCAGAGCGUCGUGAGAGAGCUGUUCAUAGACGUCGCCUAAACGAGGGAGGACCUUUAUACGCCAAAGACGCCAGACGAAUGGUAAUUGAAAGAGAGCAAGACGAGCUUAUAGAGAUACAAAGGAAGCUCCAAGAGCGCAAUCUCAAGUCUAUAAAGCGCCUAAUUACUGCGCUUAAGCUCUCUACAAUACGACGUCUUGGUAAGCUGUCUGCAAGGCGACAUAUAGAGGGGACAACUAUACAACGUACGUUAGGCCUCCGACAAUAUGAUAUCUCGUCGCUAAGAGAAAGUGCGCAGAGCUCCUGGCGUCUAAUUAAUAGUAGAUCUAUUGCAGAGAGGUGGCGCAGAUCUAUUAUAUACGAUCCGACAGGUGCUGCAUGGCUAGGCUUAGCAGCCCGACAGCCCUACGACCCAUAUACUAUAUACAUUGCCACACGCGACACGACAGCUCUUAAAGUACGUCAGCAGCAGGAGAGAGCUCAGGCGGAGGAGGUGGCUAUGUUUGAUACGCAACAGACAGCUGAGCAGGACGCUGAGAGCUCGGAGGAGAGCUCUGUUGGCUAUUCAUCGCCACUGUCGCGCUUCUACAACGACGACUUACUCGACGAGCACCACUCUAAUAAGGCUAGGGACUUGUAAAUAGUAGCUUAUAUAUGUACUUAAUAAUCGCUUCCGAAU